AUGGACGAAGUAGAAGACCCCUCCCUCCCCCGCGCCGGCGAAGCCUCUCCCACCAUUCGCCCCGUCCCCGACACCACCACCGCCGACGGCAACCCACCCAAAGACACCGUCAAAGCCUCCGCCCUCCUCACCCGCGACACCGCCUCCCCCACGCGCACCCAGCAGCGUCCGGGCUUGAAACGCGAAUCCUCCGCCCCUCCGCCGCCGCAACAACCCCCGCCUCCCGCCCCGCCUACCGACGGAAAUGGAGGGGAUGUACUGCAGGAAGCUCCGGACUCUUUGACGCUGGCGGAUUUGCGGAGGAUUAGAUCUACGUUCCCUACAGCGGAGGGUUUGGGCCCGGAGAAGGGCAAGCCCGAGGUCGUGGCGGAGGGCAGGUGUUAUGGUUUCGAGUAUCGGGACGCGCAGGCGCUGCCGGUGGAGGUGGAGGAGUGGUUUGGGUAUGGGGCUGUGGAGUUGGGGCGGUUGAGGGGGUGUGGGGAGGUUUUUGGGGAGGAGUGGGGGGAGCAGAAGGGUUGGACUGGGGUUACGGAGGAGGAGAGGAGGGGGUUUGUGGGGAGGAGACUUGAGGUUUUGGGGCGGACGGAGAAAUUGGAGGAGGCGGUGAGGGCGUUGCAGUGUUUGGUGUAUGUGGCGCUUGGGGUGUGGGAUGAGACGGCUGGGGUGGACGAGGAGGAGGUGUUGGAGGAGUUGUUUCCGGGUGGGGAGUGGCCGGGCUCAAGGCUGGGGGAGUAUAAGGAGUCCGGGAAGCAGAUCCAGUGGAUCGUGGCGGGGGUUGACACGCUGCAUGCUAGUGGGGGGUUAAGAGUGGUUUAUGAGGUUUUGCAGACGGUGGCCGAGAGGGACUUCACGACGGACUUCAAGACGUAUGAGGCGAAUGCGAGGAAUGAAGCGCCGAUGAGGAGGGCGGAGGGGAGUGUGGAGUUGUGGUGUUGCUUGACGCUCAUGUACCUCUUCGUCGAGGUCGCGAGAGCUACGGAGGGCGAGAAUGCGAGGCAGUUGAGGAGCGAUAUUGCUGCGUUGGAGCCGAAUUUGCUGAAUUAUCUUACGAAGGUUAUAUCGAUGCUGAGGUGGGAGGAGAGUCUUCCGAUUCCGCUCACGAAGAUGCUGCUGUUGUCGUGGAAGACUAUCUUGGCCACGAUUGGAGGUAUCAAGGACGUCGAGCACGUCAAGUCGACACUGCGAGAGGCUGAAGCUGAUGAUGGUGUGGAUGCGAGAGGUAAGCCUAUCAUCACUGCCUCACCGCUGGACUACCAUCUGUUCCGGCAGGAGAUCAACUCGAAGUAUCCUGCUUACCAGCCGCCGCCUGCGCUCUUCCCGUUGGAGCCUGAGAACAACAGCAUCCUUCCUCCGUUGAAGAAUCGGAGAUCCAGCUAUACUACUCCCAUCGAUACCUCGCUCGCCAAUACCGCGCCGGAAUCGAUCAUGCAUCAACCGGUGCAUAUCGCCACGCCUGCUCCUUCGCCGCCACCCUCGCCCGCUGGACCUGGAAAGGCGGGCAAGAAGCAGAACUACCAGACUAACCAAAUGUUUCCAUUCCUAUACCCGCCACUGGACGGGAGUAGUAAUGACCUCGGCGGCAAAGGCAAUACGGAGCUCCAAGAUGCGCUGGUCGGCCGCAAGUGGGAAGGCUCGGAUAUACCGGCCAGCAUCAUGGAGGCGGCAGAGCUCUUUUCGAAGCGAAUGCGAGCGACGAGGGCUAUGAAGCAGCUUUGGCAGGUGAGAGUGGAGUAUAUGAAACAGGAGCGGGGUUGGAAGAAUGAGGAACAACGGAAGGAGAAGAAAGAGGAUGGGUGGUUGGGCAAGAGUUUGAAAGUGCUGGAGGAGCUGAAGGAGCUUGGGAUUGAUGGGCUGGAAGGGCUGGAAGAUCUUGAGCUGGAUAACGAGGAAGUGGAAGACGACUUUGAGGUUGUUGAGAAGCCAGCGACGACUAUAGACCGGACGGCAGAACAAGGGAAGCCGUUGGCGCCGAAGUCUGACGAGCAGAGGAGGUUAGAUGAGGUCGAGAACUUCUACAGGCACUCUCUGCAGCAUCUGCAAAGCGUUGUUAUUGUUCUGUUGAAGUCGGUUCUUCAGAACGUGACCGACAUUGUCACAAAGAACAACGGGCAGAACGGUCUCGGACUGCAAGCCGGCAUCCAAUUCAACAAUGACCCUGGCAUGAUCACUGGCUCGGCGAGACCCGUGGAGAACGGUGCCGGCGCAGCAGACGGCAACUUGGAAAGCACAGCGGAAGAGCUGGAUCAUCUUCGAAGCCAGGAGAUUGGCGCGAAGGCUUUAUCCGCGAUCCUGCUGUUGCUACUGAAGUGGUUCAAGGUCAACCACAUCUUGCAGUACGAGUUCAUGAGCCAGCUGAUGAUGGAUUCUAACUACGUCCCUCUGAUGCUGAAGCUCUGGCAGACGCAGGAUGUUGGGCGGGCGUGCCAUUACCGGUUGGAGAGGGAAGAGCUGAACUUCUUCACUUUCUGUAAAGAAGGCAGUCAGCAUGCGUCGCACAGCCAGUCUGAGGAACAUCCGAAUGGCACAGCAGACGACUCGGAAGACGACGCAGUCCCGCCUCCCAUCAAAUUCAAGCGCGACACGGUCGAUGAGAAUCCACUCUCACCCUCCUCCUCACCACCCUGGAACGCCGCAUACCCUCCCGAAGUCGACGAGCUCGGCUAUCCCACCACACCCCUCCCCUCUGCCCCGAUCGAAGAUUACUCCUACCGCAACAUCUUCAGCCACAUCAACUUCAUCCGCAUCCUGCAAAAACUCACCCGCCGCAAAACCCAACGAGCGCUCAUGCUGAUCAACUACAAGAGCUCCAACCACUUGAAGAAAUCGCUCAAAGUACCUAUCCACUUACUGAGAUACUACACCCUCAAAGUCUUCAAAUCCCAAGUCCCCUUCUGCGGCCGCAAAUGGCGUCAAGGCAACAUGAAAAUUAUCACCGCCGUCUGGCUCUCCGUGCCCGCCGAGCUCCGCGAUGACUGGCUCUCCGGCGGCGGAGGCGGGAUGGGCGGCGGUGGGUAUGGAGACGUGGACGGAGCGGCCGAGGACGCAGUGCCGAUGGAGCAGACUCUGCGGGCGCUGACGCAUUGGUGGAAUGUGCAGUGGUAUCGGGAGGAGAUGGGGAUGGGCAGGGGGUUGGGAGGGGAGGAAAUGGGGUUUUUUGAGAGGGAGUUGGAGAGGAUGGGGUUGGGAGGGGAGGAGGGUGGGGAGAUGCUGGAGGGGGAGAUGCAGGAGCCGAUGACUGCGGCGGAGUGGAGGGGGGUGGGGGAUGGGUAUCCGGGGAUGAGCUGA